GAGUAGUGUUCUAAGACCAGACAUUUUACCUACCACUUGCCUGCCACUUGAACACAAAAGCUUUAAAGCAGCAAUUAUAUGACAACACCGCCAGUGAGAUAUGAUAAAAGUAAAAUUUUAAUAAUUCUUUAAUACAUGAAUGUAUAUAAAAAUAUAUAUAAUAUUCAUGUAUUUGUAAAAAUAAAUAAAGAAUCAAUGAGAUUUCACACAAAACUCACUUCAAUUCAAUUUUACUGAAGCAAUUCAUCUUUCAUUUCUUCUCUCCAUUUUGUUUCCUGGACUCGAUUGCAGAAGCAAAGAUGGCAGAAGUUCUUUUGGGUGCUAUUUUGGAAGAAGCGGUGUCUAAAGCGAAUUCAAUUGCCACUAACCAAAUCAGCCGUAUAUGGAAUUUCAAGAAGGAGCUGAAAAGACUGGGUGACUCACUAGAAAUGAUGAAAGCUUUCUUGCAAGAUGCAGAGGAAGUGCAAACAAAGAAGGACGCAGUGAAGCUUUGGUUGCAGAGGCUCAAAGAUGUUGCUGAUCAGGCAGCUGAUGUCCUUGAUGAGUUUGACUAUGAAAUUCUCCGAAGGAAACUGAAGAUUCGGAACCAAAUCCGAAGGAAGACGCCAGUUCAUUUGGUCUUCAGCAGAGAGCUACAGAACAUGUGUCUCCUGUACCUGGAAGAUCAAAUGUGGAGACGUUGUCUGUCAUGGAUGACUCGACCAUUGUUGGAAGGGAAAAUGAUGUCUCAAAGGUGGUUGACCUGUUAGUCAAUCCCAAAGAUGAGCAGGUUGUUUCUGUUGUACCUAUAGUAGGUAUGGCAGGUCUUGGCAAAACUGCAUUGGCAAAGCUGGUGUAUGAUGAUCUGCGUGUGAAAAGGCAUUUUGAUGUCAAAUCCUGGGUCUGUGUUUCUGAUCAUUUUGAUGUCAAAAAGAUUUUAGGAGCGAUGUUUGAACGGCUUACUGGUGAUAGACAUACCUCAAUGCCAGAAAAUAUGGAUGCAAUGAUUAUGAAGCUCAAGGAGAAGAUUGAACAGGCCAAAGGAGAAAAAGAUCAGAUCAAGUAUCUUCUUGUACUUGAUGAUGUGUGGGAUGUUAAGAAAUGGGAGGAUCUAAAGCUUUGUCUGAAAGGAAUCAGUACAAAUGGCGGGAAUGGAGUUAUUGUGACAACACGCAAAGAAGAUGUAGCAUCAACAGUGCAAGCACUUUCGGAUCAAAGGCAUCAACCAGGAAGACUAGAAGAUGAAGAAUGCUGGUCCAUAAUUAAACAACUAGCGUUGACACCCUCUCCAAUGUCUCACGAUUUAGAGGCUAUUGGAAAGGAGAUUGCUAAGCAGUGUCGAGGUCUGCCAUUGUUAGCUAAAGUUAUUGGAGGGACAAUGAGCAAAGAAAGGAGUCACCGCACAUGGUUGGGAAUUCAAAAAAGUGGAGUAUGGGGUUCACCGGACAGUGUGUUAAAAGUGGAAAGUGUGUUAAAAUUAAGUUUUGACCGCUUGUCUUCUCCAUCUUUGAAGAAGUGUUUUGCGUACUGUGCCAUGUUUCCUAAAGAUUAUUGCUUUGUAAAAGAGGAAUUGAUCCAACUGUGGAUGGCUGAAGGAUUUCUUGGCAGCUCUAUGGCAACGGUGAAUAUUGGUGACAAAUACUUGAAUGAGUUGUUAUCAAAUUCCUUAUUUCAAGAUGUCAAGAAGGACAAAUUCGGGAAUAUUCUCACAUUCAAGAUGCACGACUCGGUGCAUGAUUUAUCUUUGUCUGUGUCAAAGUUUGAUACUUUGUUUUUUCAAGAGAAUUCCACUCUCACCUCAAAUGAGUGUUCUCAUAUUCGUCAUCUCAAUGUUGGGUGUGAUGGGGAAUCAUUACCAGAAAUUUUAACGGCGGUUGCUCCGAAAUUAUACUCACUGUUUUCAGAGAUUUAUGUGUUCAAGAAACUAUCAAAAAGGUUCACAAGAUUAAGAGUCCUAAAGUUUGUUGGUGCGACUAAUAUUUGUGAGUUGCCAGAUUCCCUUGGAGAAUUGAAGCACUUGAGGUAUUUGGAUGUCUCCAGGACUUCUAUCAAAGCACUGCCGAAGUCCGCAACCGAACUUUACCAUCUCCAAACAUUAAGGCUCUUGGGUUUACCGAGAUUCACCCUUCCAGACGGAUUGGAAAAUUUGACAAGCUUGAAUCACUUGUAUUUUGAUAAAAAAGAACAUCAGCCAGUUAAUAUUGGAAACCUAACUUGUCUUCAAACAUUACCCAUAUUUUUUGUGGGUUCAGAAAGGGGACGUUCGAUUAAGGAGUUAGGAUCCCUAAACGAAUUGCGUGGAAAAUUGACGAUAGACCAUCUUGGGAGAGACAAACAAGAGGCUAAUGGAGCAAAUCUACACCUAAAAAAAAAAUUAUGCAAGUUGAUAUUUGAAUUUGAAGUGAGUCAUAGUUGGAGUGGUGGUUAUAACAGUGAGGAAGUGAUGGAAUGUCUCCAACCCCACUCAAAUUUGCAAAGCUUAAUUGUUUGGCAUUACGGAGGUGAAAGCUUUCCCUCGUGGAUGUUAAGACCUGUUGGUGAUUCUAUUACUGAUUUGUUUUUACUUCACAAUUUGGUGGAGCUGAAGUUUUUCCAUUGCAUCAACUGUGAAAGUCUUCCACCUCUGGGCCAAUUGCACAAUCUCCAGUUUCUUGUGUUUAGUAAUCUGAAGAAAGUGAAACGCAUGGGUAAUGAAUUUUAUUGCAACGAAGGUAUUGAUGGUAUGAAUAAGGUGAUCAAGGUGUUUCCUGCAUUGAAAAAAUUCACCUUAUGGACGAUGGAAAGUCUAGAAGAAUGGACAGCAAUGGCGGCCACAAAGACAAUCAUGUUUCCUUGCUUGGAGGAGCUGGAUAUUUGGAGUUGUCCCCUGUUGAAAAAUGUUCCACUAACGGGACAAUGUUAUUCUCUUGAAAAGCUUCGCAUUUCAUCAUGUGAAAGUUUAAGCAAGAUCGGAGACGGACUAUCUACCUCCACUUGUCUCAAAGAAUUAUAUCUAUAUGAGUGUUUUAAUUUAAGUUCGAUCCCAAAUUUGGAAGGAUUUUCCUCUCUUCAAUAUCUGUCAAUUCUAAGUUGCUACGAAUUGGAAGUACUUCCAAUAACCGGACGAUGUUCAUCUCUUGAAAAGCUUAGCAUUUCCGGUUGCGAAAAAUUAAGCAAGAUUGGAGAUGGAUUAUCAACCUCCACUUGUCUCAAAGAAUUAGAUCUUGAAGAUUGUCCUUAUUUAAGUUCGAUUCCUAAUUUGGAAGGAUUUUCCUCUCUUCAAAAUCUGUCAAUUAAAUGGUGCAACGAAUUGGAAGUACUUCCAAUAACCGGAGGAUGUUCUUUUCUUGAAAAUCUUAGCAUUUCAUCAUGUGAAAAGUUAAGCAAGAUCGGAGACGGAUUAUCUACCUCCACUUGUCUCAAAGAAUUGUGUCUAAAGAAUUGUCCUAAUUUAAGUUCGAUCCCAAAUUUGGAAGGAUUUUCAUCUCUUCAAAAUCUAUCAGUUGAUGGCUGUGACAAAUUGGAGAGCUUUCCACUAAAAGCACCACUGUUAUCCCUUAAAAAAUUGAUGAUAAGCGAUUGCCCUAAUUUGAAGCCUAUUCCAAGUUUAGAUGGACUCUCUUCGCUCACAGAUUUAGAAUUUGAGAAAGUAGGCGAAGAAUGGAGUCAUCUGCUACCAAAUAUGUUGCAAUCCAACGUUUCCCUUUGCAGUUUAACAAUAUUAAAUUUGCCUGAUCCGAUAUGGAUUCAAGAUGACAGCCUUGGUAGGCUUAACUGCUUGAGAGAAUUAGCUAUAGGUGGUUUCUCAGAAGAGCUACAAGAAUUCCCGUGGCCCAGUUCCAUUCAAUAUCUCAGUGCCUCCCUUCUAGUUCUAAAACUGAUUGGUUGGGAAAAGCUAAAGAGUCUUCCUCACCAACUUCAGUUCUUCACUGCUCUCGAAGAAUUGACGAUGGAAGGGUUUCAAGGAAUAGAAGCCUUUCCAGAGUGGUUGGGAAAACUUUCUUCUCUAAAGCGUCUAAGUUUGAGUGGUUUUGGAAAGCUAAAGAGUCUUCCUCACCAACUUCAACUCCCCACUGCCCUUGAAGAGUUGACAAUGUGCGGGUUUCAUGAAAUAGAAGCCUUGCCAGACUCGUUCAAAAAUCUCUCUUCCCUAAGGUGUCUGCGUCUCCAUUCAUGCAAUAAGCUCAUGUACCUGCCUUCUGUAGAUGUUAUGCAAAGCCUCUCCAAUUUAAAAACAAUGGACAUUUGUAAGUGUCCUCUAUUAGAGACGAGAUGUGAGAGGGAGAGUGGUCCUGAAUGGUCCAAGAUUUCCCACAUUACAUAUAUCUAUUAAUUUUCGGAUGGAGAUGCUGAUAGGGCUUGAGUCAGAGUGAAUUGUCCUCCUCAACAUUGAAGAGCUAUAAUAUAAAAGACAGCUUCGGUUCACCAAUGCAGUGUUAUCAACUCUUCGAUUGGCGGUUUAUCUGAUGUCUGUCUGAGCUGAGUUUUGGACAAUGGCUAGUAGGCCUGAGGAUUUCGAUUAUGUAAGGUUGGAUUUUUCAUACGUAUUUCGUAGCUUCAAGUUUUUCAUUUUCAAUGUUAGUUAUAUUUGGGUGAUAUUCUCAACUUUUUUUUUUUUUUUUUUUUAGUUUGCUUGAGAUUAUUUGUUGAUAGUCUUGUUGAAGUUUUUAUUGUGGCUUUGUAUUAUGAUCUUGUAACAAACCACUUAGUAUAGUGAAGCUUUUUGGUGGACUUUCAAGUCUCCUUGUUUUUA